AUGAACAACGGCAGCGAAAGCCUGAAAAAAGCGGCCAUCCACAAGGCCAAGGGACUCGCAAACGCCGCCACGCCCUCCAUAUCCACCUCGUCCAACGGGAGCAACAACGGCAAGAAGAGGAGGAAGAAUGAGCUCAAGCCCAUCAUAACGAGCGAGCAGCAGCAGAGUACCCGGGGCAACCAGUCACCGCUCAACCACCAAAAGGCCCAGUACGGCCACGACCUACACCAAUCACCCGCAGAAUCCGAGUCCUCCGGCGACGAGGGCACCGAAAACACGGCGGACGAGGAGGAUUCCGAGGACUACUGCAAGGGUGGUUACCACCCGGUGCAAGUAGGCGAACAAUACAAGGAUGGCAAGUACACCAUAGUCGUCCGCUCCGCCGCCCACUACACCGAAACCGCCCUCGACGAGAUCAAGCUCCUGAACAAGGUCGUCGAGGCCAACAAGGACCACCCGGGUAGAGCACAUGUUGUGAGCUUGCUGGACUCUUUUAACCACAAGGGCCCUCACGGCAUGCACGUGUGCAUGGUCUUCGAGGUGCUGGGAGAGAACCUGCUCGGCUUGAUCAAGCGUUGGAAUCAUAGGGGAAUCCCCAUGCCUCUCGUCAAACAAAUCACGAAACAAGUCCUCCUGGGACUCGAUUACCUGCACCGCGAAUGUGGGAUUAUUCAUACAGAUCUCAAGCCCGAGAACGUGCUCAUCGAAAUCGGCGACGUGGAACAAAUCGUCAAGACGUACGUUAAGGAAGACACUCUUAACAAGGAAGACCACCGCAACGGACGCCGUAGGAGGCGAACGCUCAUCACUGGCUCGCAACCAUUGCCUUCGCCCCUCAACGCGAGCUUUUCGCAGAGCGAUCUCUCCAACUUCCCUGGCAGCACGCAAAGUCUUAACAAGAUUGUCAGUGGCAGCAAAGGUAAUGAGAAAGCGCCGAUAAGUGGCGUGUCGCCGAGCGGAGAGGAUGGUGCUGAGAUGAGUGGUGCUUUAGGAUCUCACCCCUCACCUCCGAAAUCCAUGCUCGAACAACUCGGCCUCAAGACAGACGACGGCGGCACAGCAGACCCGCAGAAGGAGCGAGAAAAGACUGCCGACAUCCUCGCGAAUAACGUGUCUAACAUGGACCUCGACAAGACCACUCACGUUAAGCCAGCGGGCAUGGAAGGCGAUGGCAUUGACAUCAUUUCCGUCAAGAUUGCAGACUUGGGUAAUGCAUGCUGGGUGGGGCAUCAUUUUACGAAUGACAUUCAGACAAGACAAUAUCGAUCGCCGGAGGUGAUUCUCGGUGCGAAAUGGGGGGCCAGCACGGAUGUGUGGAGUAUGGCUUGCAUGGUUUUCGAGCUAAUCACGGGCGACUAUCUCUUUGAUCCGCAAUCCGGCACGAAGUACGGCAAGGACGACGAUCACAUCGCGCAAAUCAUCGAACUGCUGGGUACAUUCCCCAAGAGCUUGUGCAUUUCUGGCAAAUGGUCGCAAGAGAUUUUCAAUAGGAAGGGCGAGUUGCGCAAUAUCCACAGGUUGCGACAUUGGGCGUUGCCCGAUGUGUUGAGGGAGAAAUACCACUUUUCGGUGGAGGAAAGCAAGAGGAUAGCAGACUUCCUACUCCCGAUGCUGGAAUUGCAACCUGCAGAAAGAGCCAACGCAGGCGGCAUGGCGAAUCACCCGUUCUUGGAUGAAACGAAGGGCAUGGAACGCGUCAAGCUGUCGGUGGAAGUGGGAAGCAAAGGCGAUGGAAUAGAAGGAUGGUCUACAGAGAUCAAGAAGGUGCGGUAG